UCUUCAGGACUACCUGUCUCAACUUUCAAAUGACGCUUCGUGGAUUUUAAAAUAAGCAGAAACGAACACAAUACUACACCUAGAGAGAGAAAGAGAGAGAGAGAGAGAGAGAGAGAGAGAGUGUUGUGCUGUUUCAUCGUUUUCCAUGUCUGAAACAGAGCUGCUUCUGUUGCUUCCAACAGGUAUUCUAGCGGUUCUUAUCGUAUGGAAUCUCAUCAAAACGAACAGAAGAAAACUUAAUCUUCCACCGGGAAACACCGGUUGGCCGUUUCUCGGCGAAACGAUAGGUUACUUAAAGCCUCACUCUGCCACUUCUACGGGUGAAUUCAUGGACCUCCACAUUUCAAGGUUUGGAAAGAUAUUCAAAUCGAAUCUGUUCGGUGAGAGAACGAUUAUAUCGGCAGACGCAGGGCUUAAUCGGUAUAUAUUACAAAACGAAGGAAGGCUUUUCGAGUGUAGUUAUCCUAGAAGUAUUGGAGGGAUACUUGGGAAAUGGUCGAUGUUGGUUUUAGUGGGAGACAUGCACAGGGAUAUGAGAAUGAUCUCUCUUAACUUCAUGAGCAAUCCAAGGCUUCGAUCUCAUUUGUUACCUGAAGUGGAGAAGCAUACUUUAAUGGUUCUAACAUCAUGGAAGGAGAAUUCAAUUUUCUCAGCUCAGGAUGAAGCAAAGAAGUUUACUUUCAAUUUGAUGGCGAAACAUAUCAUGAGUAUGCAUCCAGGAAAACCAGAAACGGAGCAGCUGAAGGGAGAGUAUAUUACGUUCAUGAAAGGGGUCGUCUCUGCACUUUUGAAUUUGCCGGGAACUGCUUAUAGGAGGGCUUUUCAGUCGAGAACAACCAUUCUUAAAGUUAUAGAGCGUAAAAUGCUGGAAAGGAGGAAGAUGAAUGAUGAUGAUGAUUAUGAUCAGAGAAAGGAAGAUGAUCUACUUGGUUGGGUUCUGAAGAAUUCAAACCUUUCCACAGAACAGAUUCUUGAUCUCAUACUAAGCUUGCUUUUUGCUGGUCAUGAAACUUCUUCAGUUGCAAUUGCUUUGGCCAUCUAUUUCUUACAAGGCUGCCCCAGAGCAAUUGAACAAUUAAGGGAAGAACACUGUGAAAUCAGCCGAGCUAAGCAACAAGUUGGAGAGUUUGAAUUGAAUUGGGAUGACUAUAGACGAAUGGAAUUCACACAAUGCGUUAUUAAUGAGACACUUCGGCUAGGGAACGUGGUUAGAUUCGUGCACAGGAAAGCUCUUAAAGAUGUCAGAUACAAGGGAUAUGACAUUCCAAGUGGGUGGAAAGUUCUUCCAGUGUUUGAUGCGGUCCACCUGGAUCCUUUGGUGUAUGACCAGCCACAGCACUUCAAUCCAUGGAGAUGGUCUCAGACCACAGGUGAUAGGGGGAGUGCAGCAUCCCCAAAUCAUUCCAAUGCGACGACGAGCAACAAUUUCAUGGCGUUUGGUGGUGGACCACGGUUGUGCACCGGAUCGGAAUUAGCCAAACUAGAGAUGGCCGUAUUCAUUCACCACUUGGUCCUCAAUUUUGAUUGGGAAUUAGCCGAAUCAGAUCACGCUGUUGCUUUCCCAUUUGUGGAUUUCCCCAAAGGCCUUCCAAUCAAGGUCCACCACCUCCACCACCACCACCAACACCAACGCCACAACCUCUUACAAGAAGAACAAGUACUAUACUCAUGAAUGAAAGCUCAGUUCUCACUCCUAACCACUCAUGUUGGAUAUCCCAUUUUUCCACAUAUAUAGAUGUAUCUCUUUUGUAUGGAGCAAAUACCAUGAGAACAAGAAAGUCAUUAUAAACCAUUGUUUCAGUUCUCUAGAUAAGCUCAUUGCCCUUCACAUUCAUGGACACAUGAACAUAGAAAAGUGUUCGGCGCACGUCGAUUCUGAAUGAGAAAAGCCUUUUCCUCCUAUACCUAUGAACACCUCCUCUUAUCAGAUUGAUCUUUUGAUGAAAAUUGACAAAAAAGAGAAACAGAAGAAGAGGAUUUGAAUAUCAUUUGAGUAUCAAUAUACAGAUUCAUAGGACCCCGUCCCUUCUUGUGAUCCUUAAUUUCGUUAGUCCUUUCCUAAGCCAGCGUAUGUGCUUGGGGUCCAAAUUUAUCUGUACUUUAUGAUAGCAUUUAAAUUUCAUGAUUUUAAUGUAAUAAUUUUCUA